CCAGAAAUAAUUUUCACGCCCAUGCCGGCCAUACAAUACGGGCGGCCUCUUCUUUCACAAACCAUAUUCACAGAAAAUCCACAUUUGGGAUUUUUUUCAUCUUCGUGUUCUUUCUCAAUCCAAUCUCUCUGGAUCAAACACAGCAUUUUUAUUCUUUUUAUUUUGAUCUUCCGGCGAUGGCUUCCGGCGGUCUGAGCCCUUCCUGUAAUGUAAGUCCACGAGUCGGUGGACCGGCGACAAAAACCAGACGGCGUAUCACAGACUUUUUGGACUCCGACAGCCGACUCUCAAACUUUUCAGAUUUGUAUGACGAAGAAGACAAUUCCAACGUCUCUAAUGCUGGGUCCCACCUCCAUCACCAUCACCACCAUCAUGUUCAUCAUCCCGUGAUUAGGCACUUUUUGUUUCGGAAUCGGGCCUUGUGUUGGGUGCCUGAGCCUUGGCUUCUCAAGAUGGAAGAAGGGCUUCUAUUGACCGCUAUGAUCGUUCAGUCAUUAGGAUCCGGACGGAACUUCGGGCGUAAGAUUUUUUGGAUUUUGAUGUUCAUGGCUAUUCUAACCGUGUUCUUUAAGUUCACCUUCCUCAAUUCCCAUGUCGAGAUUAACGGCAAGAUGAUCGAUAAAGGACAGUUGAUCAUACAAACGUUCAAAGAAGAUUGGGCCAUGGCGCAAAGAGCCGUUGCAGAGGACGAAGCCGUCGUCCCCAAACGUCUUCUCGAGAAGAUUUCUCAGACGUCUGAUAUUUGGAUGAAACCAAAGAGUGAUAAUUUCUAUCAGUGCAUCUCUCGACCCAAGAAUCGAAUAAGAGCUCGUGGCAAAACAAAUGGCUAUCUUAUUGUUCAUGCCAAUGGAGGACUGAAUCAGAUGAGAACAGGGAUAUGUGAUAUGGUUGCUGUUGCUAAGAUUAUGAAUGCUACACUUGUUCUUCCUUCCCUUGAUCACGAGUCGUUUUGGACGGAUCCGAGUGAUUUUAAAGAUAUUUUUGAUUGGAGGCACUUCAUGGAUGUUCUAAGAGAUGAUAUCGAAAUCGUCGAGAACGUGCCUCGUCGGUUGGCAUCGGUCAAGCCCUUUGUGAAGGCUCCAGUUUCCUGGUCCAAGUCUAGAUAUUACCGAGGAGAGAUGCUACAUUUGUUAAAGAGACACAAAGUGUUAAUGCUCACGCAUACUGAUUCUCGAAUAGUCAAUAAUGGUUUGCCAUCUUACAUUCAAAAGCUCCGAUGCCGUGCCAAUUACAAGGCUCUACGGUUUAGCAAGGAGAUUGAGGAGCUUGGGAAGGUCUUAGUUGAUAGAUUAAGAAAGGGUGAUGAACCAUAUAUUGCUCUCCAUCUCAGGUAUGAGAAAGAUAUGCUUGCAUUCACUGGCUGCAGCCACAACUUGACAGCAAAGGAAGAGGAGGAGCUCAAAGUUAUGAGAUACAAUGUCAAGCAUUGGAAGGAGAAAGAGAUAGAUGCAAAAGGAAAGAGAAUUCUAGGGGGAUGCCCAAUGACCCCUCUGGAGGCAGCCCUGUUGCUUAAAGCCUUAGGAUACCCUUCCAAAACUAAAAUCUACAUCGUUGCCGGGGAGAUUUAUGGCAGCGAUAGCAUGAACGCCUUUCGAUCCGAAUACCCCAACGUCUUUUCGCAUUCGACUCUUGCAACAGAGAAGGAAUUGGAGCCAUUUAAGCUGUACCAGAAUCGGAUGGCUGCCUUGGAUUAUAUCGUGGCAGUAGAGAGCGAUGUGUUUGUUUAUACCUAUGAUGGAAACAUGGCUAAAGCAGUGCAGGGUCAUAGGAUGUUUGAAGGAUACAGAAAGACAAUAAAUCCCGACAGGCAAAAUCUAGUCAGGUUGGUUGAUCACUUGGAGAAUGAGGCCAUCUCUUGGGAAGAAUUGUCCAAAGAAGUGAAGGAGUUGCAUAAAGACAGACUUGGUGCACCACAUUUCAGACAAGCCGGUGAGAGUCCCAGACUAGAGGAGAACUUUUAUGCUAAUCCUUACCCUGGCUGUCUUUGCAACAAGCCUCGGAAUCGAACAUUCAAACUAAAAGAUGAACACAAACGAAGUCUUCAGGCUUCACUGCAGAGAUAAAAUUACAAUUUUACUACAACCCAGUUGCUUCUUCUGCCCAGGGCACCACGGCUGUUAUGGCUCCUCAAAUUUGACUGCCAUUGUUCGAGCCACGAGUACGAUACAUAGCCAGAUGAAUCAUACCGAGGUUUAUCUGUCGACUUCCUAUAGCUUCAUAAGCAGAAGCGCAAAAUUUUCACCACUUUUAGGUAAAUUCAUGGAGGAUAGGAUUAUGGUAGAUGAGUUAGAGUCAGUUCAGAUGUAGUUCUUCUUAUGACAGUAAAUCAGGCUAGUUUUAUACAGACAGCUUCCCUAUGAAUAGUGGAGAAAAAUUAUUCUUUACAUUCGUUAUUCUUUGCUUUAUUAUCAAUCCCCCCUUGAUUCAUAAUGUAAACAUUUGGAAAAGAAAAGGUAAAUUAAUUGUCAUUUCUUC